GGAUGGUCCGACCGAAAAGGGGACGCGCGAGGCCGGACCGUGGGGAGCUGCCUUGCAGGAGGGCGGGUGCCUUUCCUGCCCAUCCCGGUAUUGAUGGCUCCAGCCCUGCCUGCCCGGCGUGUGCUAGAUGCGCUGCACUACAGCUCCCAUCCCUUCCCCCACCCAGCCUAGCCACGGAUCUUCCCCACCCUUGGCUGUUACUGUCUGUGGUCAGGGUGAAUGUUUAUGAAGGCUACAGCAGCCGCGGCAAGUGGAGUCUGGCGUGGAAGCUAGCUGAGAAGGCCUCAUCCACGGAUCUGACACACGUGUCUUUUGGAGCACAGAGACCCCUGAGGCCCCUCUGAGAAGCGUCAUUGGGGUCCUGUGGGAGAUGGCCCUUCUCGUUGCUAACUUUAGAGCUGGACUGAUCGGGUGCGGCCUGCGUCUCUUGGCGCAGAGGCCGCCCCUCAGAGGAAGGGUCUGGGGGCUGCCAAUUCCUGCAGGCCACGUUCUUUUGUGGCGAAGACGCUGCUGCUGCUCUGCUGGCCACUGGCCUGCUUGGGCUCUUUUUCGGCACCUUCAAAAUGUUGAUCCGAUCAACACACAGAGUUUACAUAAAACAAUCUCUUUAUUGCCUAAAACGUCGCUCUAAAUUCCGAGCGUUUAAUCGGUCUGCCUGGGCUCCUGCAUCGUUCAGUCACAGCAGCGUGAUGGAAUAUUUGAACCUGUUCCCUGUGACUUCUCCGGGACGAAUCCUUUCCUGCCUCUCCCCCCGCCCCCCACAGCGCCAGCAGAAUGAAGCCUUUCGUUCCCUGCUGGAAUGUCACGUGCCAAGUGCUGAAAGAGGAAAUCUGACCCCUUCUUCUUCUUCCUCGCGAUUUGGGCGCCUGAGCAACGUGGAUCUUGAGGACCACCAGGGCCCGGACACGGAGGCCUCCCGGUCCCUGCCCAGCGAGAUUCCACACAAUGACAAACUUCUCUCCCUCAAGUACGAAAGCUUGGACUAUGACAACUGUGAAAACCAGCUCUUCUUGGAAGAAGAGAAGAGGAUUAACCACACGGCAUUCCGGACGGUGGAAAUUCAGCGCUGGUUCAUCUGUGCCAUGAUUGGCAUCCUCACGGGCCUGGUUGCCUGCUUCAUCGACAUCAUGGUGGAGACCUUAGCUGGGCUCAAGUACAAGCUGGUGAAGGGCAAUAUUGACAAAUUCACUGAGACAGGACGCCUCUCCUUCUCUCUGCUGCUCUGGGCCACAGUGAACGCCGGUUUUGUGAUGGCCGGCUCCAUCAUCGUGGCGUUUCUGGAGCCCGUGGCGGCCGGCAGCGGAAUUCCUCAGAUCAAGUGCUACCUGAACGGAGUCAAGAUUCCCCACGUGGUGCGGCUGAAGACCCUGAUGGUUAAAGUCUGCGGCGUGAUUCUCUCCGUGGUCGGAGGCCUGGCAGUGGGGAAGGAAGGGCCGAUGAUCCACUCGGGGGCUGUGAUCGCAGCCGGGAUUUCUCAGGGUCGCUCGACUUCCUUGAAGAGGGACUUCAGGAUCUUUGAAUAUUUCCGGAGGGACACGGAGAAGCGGGAUUUUGUCUCUGCUGGAGCUGCUGCUGGCGUCUCGGCUGCCUUUGGGGCCCCUGUUGGCGGGGUCCUCUUCAGCUUGGAAGAAGGCGCUUCCUUUUGGAACCAGUUCCUGACGUGGCGGAUCUUCUUUGCCUCCAUGAUCUCCACCUUCACGCUGAACUCCGUUCUCAGCAUAUACAAGGGCAAUCCCCUGGACCUCUCCAGCCCGGGCCUCAUCAACUUCGGCAGGUUCGAUUCUGAGAAAAUGGGAUACACUUUCCAAGAAAUCCCCAUCUUCAUCUUCAUUGGGGUGUUAGGUGGGAUCCUUGGAGCCAUGUUCAAUGCUCUGAACUACUGGCUGACAAUGUUCCGGAUCAGGUACAUCCAUCGCCCAUGUCUGCAGGUGAUUGAGUCCAUGCUGGUGGGGGCCGUGACAGCAGCUAUCGCGUUUGUCCUAAUCUACAUUUCUGCAGACUGCCAGCCUCUCCAAGACAACAGCAUGGCCUACCCUCUGCAGCUCUUCUGCCCCGAUGGGCAGUAUAACUCCAUGGCCGCUGCCUUCUUCAACACCCCCGAGAAGAGCGUUGUCCGCCUCUUCCAUGACCCUCCAGGCACCUAUGACCCCAUGACCUUGGGCUUGUUUACCCUGGUGUAUUUCUUCCUGGCUUGCUGGACCUACGGGCUGACGGUGUCUGCGGGCGUCUUCAUCCCCUCCCUCCUGAUCGGCGCUGCCUGGGGCCGCCUGUUUGGCAUUUCCUUGCCCUACGUUGCCAGCGGUUGGAUCAGGGCUGACCCGGGGAAGUACGCGCUGAUGGGAGCAGCAGCGCAGCUGGGGGGGAUCGUGAGGAUGACGCUGAGCCUGACAGUCAUUAUGAUGGAAGCAACGGGCAACGUCACCUAUGGGUUCCCAAUCAUGCUUGUCCUGAUGACGGCCAAGAUAGUGGGGGACUUCUUUGUGGAGGGCUUGUACGAUAUGCACAUUCAGCUCCAGAGCGUCCCCUUCCUGCACUGGGAGGCCCCGGUCACCUCGCACUCGUUCACUGCCACCCAAGUGAUGAGCACCCCGGUCACCUGCCUGCGGCAGAGCGAGAAAGUGGGAACCAUCGUGGAUAUCCUCAGUGAUGCAGCUUCGAACCACAAUGGGUUUCCUGUUGUUGAGAGUGUCCCUGGCAAUGACCAGAUGAUGGGCCUGCGGGGCCUGAUCCUGCGCUCACAGCUGAUCGUGCUCCUGAAGCACAAGGUCUUUGUGGAGCGUGCCAGCUUGUCUCUUCGGCAGCGGCGGCUGAAGCUGAAGGACUUCCGGGACGCCUACCCCCGCUUCCCCCCCAUUCAGUCAAUCCACGUCUCCCAGGACGAGCGCGAGUGCAUGAUGGACCUGACGGAGUUCAUGAAUCCCUCGCCGUACACCGUGCCGCAGGAGGCCUCUCUCCCGAGGGUGUUCAAGCUCUUCCGAGCCUUGGGCUUGCGCCACCUGGUGGUCGUGGACAAUCAGAACCAGGUAGGCGACCUGCCGUCCUUCGGGUGUGGGAGGAAGAGAGCCUGGCUUGU